AUGACGUCCCCUACUGUUUUGAUCAUUGGCUGCGGUAUCGCCGGCCCAGUCCUGGGCAACUUUUACAAGCGCAAGGGCUACCGUCCAAUUGUUUUUGACAAGGUGCCAGAGCUGGGCGAUGCGGGAGCAUCCCUCAUGCUGAUGUCAAAUGGCCUCAAGGUGCUCAAUCUUGUCGGCCUGGCAGAGGCCGUAAAGGCCGAGUCUACCCCGCUCGCAGCGUUCUGGGACGCAAAGUCUACGGGUGAGGUGAUCGGCCAGUCAGACCUUCCCAGCACCUUCGCGGAUAAGUACCGGCAGCCUGCCGUGGGCAUACGGAGAACGACAUUGAACCUGAUGCUCAAGAAGAUGCUUCUGGAUCUCGACGUUGAGGUUCGUGAAGGAUGGGAGCUGAUCGACAUUACGGAGACCGAUGAGUCUGUGACUGCGAUCUUUGAUGGUGGCCGAUCAGUGACGGGGUCAUUCUUGAUCGGUUGCGACGGUAUCAAAGCCGCAUCCAGGAGGUCACUUCUCCGUAACCAGGGCCAAGCAGAGGAUAUUCCGGUGUUCACCGGACUCACUCAGACUGCUGGUAUCUCUGAGACUCCAGCAGCUUUGCGCGGUCUCGCCGCCAUGAGGAACUGGUACGGCGAUGGUGUGCACGUCAUAUCCUACCCCAUUACGCCAACUCAAACGUCUUGGGCCGUGACUCAACGUGAGACUCAGGAGAAGGAAGAGACUUGGCGUCCCUACCGUCCUGAUGAGAUGACUGAACAGAGGGCGCAGCUAUCUUCUCUCCUUGAGGGCUGGGACCCGUCAAUCUUGAAAAUGAUUAAUACCUCGGAGAGAAUCAUCAAGUUCGGUCUCUUCGAUCGCGAGGAGUUGAAGCCAUCGAAAUGGCACUCUAAGCGCUGUGUGCUUGUGGGCGACGCGGCGCAUCCAACUAGUCCCCAUCUGGGGCAGGGUGCGAACCAGGCAUUUGAGGACUGUUUCCACCUCAGUCACGCAAUGCCAUUUCUUGACCCCAACAGCAAAGACUAUGCCGAACAGCUUGCUCUGCUAGGUCCUGGCCUUUCCGAGGCCAUCUUCAAGCCGUUUGCGGAAAAGCGUCAGCCAAGAACAGCGCUUCUUGUCCAAGGAGCGCGAGCACAGGGAAAUCGGCGGGUCGCUACCGGGUCCGGUGCUUGUAAAGAGCGGGAUGCGGCUAUCAUGGAAAGUUACGCGAACCUUGCGGGCAUCGCUGAUAAGUUCGAGUCAUUACUACGGGAACCAUUCCAGGAUCUAUAG